AAAACGAUGAAAAAAAAAACUCAAAACAGUUCUCUCAGCAUUGUGAAGACGACAACGACGAUCCAUACUCUCUCUUUUGAUUUUCAAUCACACUCACAGGAGUCGAGAAUUCUCAAAAGGUUUAGGGGAAUUGAUUGAUUGAUGGCGUUCGUUGACGAUGAUGAAGAGGAAGACUACUCUGUUCCUCAAUCAGCUUCGAAUUACUAUUUCGAAGAUGACGAUAAAGAGCCUGUUUCGUUUGCGCGUCUGCCAAUUCAAUGGACUGGGGAGGAUAAAGUUGUUGAUGGGAGUGCGUUAGGUUUAUACUUGAGAGGAAGAUCUGGUGAUGGGCUUUUGCCUCUGCAUAAGCUUGUUAAAGCUUGGAGAUUCGACCUUUCUAACUUUAGGCCUGAGGUUUCUGUUCUUACCAAGGAUAAUAUCUGGGUUAAGCUUGAGGAACCGAGGAAAAGCUACGCGGAGUUGAUUAGAACUGUUUUGGUUAC